GCAGAGAGUCAGCCAGCACGUGCGCAGACGAAGAAGGAAGCGGAAGUGAACUCAUUUUUACAAUCAAAACACUUGUGUGGGACAUUUUUUUGGUCUAUUGGAAAGUGUUCAGAUCCUCAACGUGAAGCCUGCGAAUAGGCGGAAAUGGACGACUCGCUCAUUAGAGCCGGGAUCCCUCUGGACCUGGUGAAGGUUCUUGGUGUUGAGUCUCGGAGCGCCUCUGAAGCCGGGACCUUCACCCGGGCCUUCCUGAACAACCACAUGCAGCAGGACUCUAGAAACGACGCAAGGACGCUGCUCACUCACAAGGCGGUGAUGCUGGACUUCGUCCGGCCCAAGAAGGACAAGUCCAAGAGGAAGAGCAAGAGAGCCAAAGGACUGAACGCUCGGCAGAAGAGGGAGAUGAAGGUCUUCCACCUCAAGCCUGAGCACCAGAGAUACAAGCUUUUCCUGCCUCUGCAUGAGCUGUGGAGACAGUACGUCAUGGACCUGUGCAAUGGACUGACCCCAACGUGCAGUCCGCAGUUUGUGCAGCAGAAGCUUCUGAAGGCAGACUUCCACGGUGCCAUCCUCACAGUGGUCCGCUCUAAAUGCCCAUCGUAUGUCGGCGCCACAGGGAUCCUCGUCCAAGAGUUCAAACACAUCUUCAAAAUCAUCACCAAAGAAGACAAGCUGAAAGUGAUCCCGAAGAGGAACAGCGUGUUCGCCGUGGAGAUCAACGGCUUCGUCUCCCACAUCUACGGCAGCAGGUUCGAGCACCGGGCCAGCGAGCGAUCGGCCAAGAAGUUCAAAGCGAGAGGAACCAUCGACUUGUGACGAGUCGCCACACAUGACGCCACAAGAGGAAGAAAUGUCACCACAGUGAUUAAUGUGUGGCAGAUCCAUUUAGUUGAUUUACUGCCCUGUGAAUCCACAUCUGGAGAAACAUUCUUCUGUUUUGUUAACACAAAACCAGAUAUAAAAGACUGAUAAUUAGUCAGUGCUUUAUUAUGAAGGCAAAAAGGUUUACCUGUCAUGGGGAGUGCUGUUCAGACCGUGACUCUGAACUUUAGGUGAGGCGAUCAUCUCAGGAGGGCACGUCUCACUCUGUGGUACAGGGGGGGGGGGGAUACAGAGUGGACACAGAGCGGGUUACCCUAGUCCCGCUUACUGUGGUAUUUAUUGUGUUCCUGCCUCAUUUUUCUUCGGAUGAAAUGCUCACGUUUUGAUCAUCUAAGAUUAUAAAGUUCUCAGGCCUUUGCACGGCCGCUUCUUGUUGUUGAGACAAAAAAGAAAUGCAUUUUCUACCAUGAAUAUUCUUUGAAUAAAAGUCUUGCCACAACAAUCCUUUAGUGUCAAACAGCUGUUACUGUUAACUGUAUCUCUCAUGCUCUGCCCCCAUUAAACUUGCAUACGUGCAUAGAAUCCGUCCAGCAGUGCCAGUCUGUCGCUUUCUGU